AUGUCAACAAUGAAAUCUCAAGUUUCGUUGGUCUUUCUUUUGGUGGUAACUAUCGGUUUUCCAGGAGCUCAGUCAGCUACGUUCACGUUCAAGAACAACUGCCCCUUCACAGUUUGGCCCGGAACUCUAUCCGGCGGUGGCCAUGCACAACUAUCCUCCACCGGGUUCGAGUUAGCCUCCGGUGCCUCCUCAACACUAGACGUCCCUGCCCCAUGGUCCGGCCGCUUCUGGGGUCGUACUCAGUGCUCUACAGACGCGUCAGGAAAGUUCACCUGCGCCACCGCAGACUGCGCCUCAGGCCAAGUCGCAUGCAACGGCGCCGGUGCGAUUCCACCAGCUUCACUGGUGGAACUAACCCUAGCAACAAACGGCGGCCAAGACUUCUAUGAUGUUAGCCUCGUGGAUGGCUUCAACGUGCCCGUUCAACUUGUCCCCCAAGGUGGUUCCGGCGGAUGCAGCGCCACCAGUUGUGCCAGCAAUGUCAAUUCAGUUUGUCCGGCGGAGUUGGCUGUUAAGGGUCCAGAUGGCGGCGUGAUUGCUUGCAAAAGUGCGUGCUUGGUUUUCAAUCAGCCUCAGUAUUGUUGCACCGGCGACCAUGGUACUCCAGAGACAUGCCCUCCGACAGACUAUUCGAAGAUCUUCAAGAGCCAGUGCCCCCAGGCUUAUAGUUAUGCUUAUGAUGAUAAAACUAGCAUUUUCACAUGUAACGGUGGACCUAAUUAUUUGGUUACCUUUUGCCCUUGA